UAUAAUUUCUUUUAUUUUCUGAGGUAAUUUGAUGUUAAGCAUGUGUAAAUUGUUGCAACAAAGCCCUCAAAUUUUGUAUCUGUAAAAUUUGGUUCACUGUUGCAUUUCGCCCGUGAUUUCUGGCGGAAUGUGUGUGUUGUUUCCUAGGAAAUGAUAACUUUUAGAGUCUAUAGGCUUUUGAUCUGCUGGUCCUAAUCUUGGCUGGUUUUUUUUAAGUGAACUUGGUUGUUUUUUUUUCUUUGUGGGGUCAUGCCAUUGAAUUAGAUACAUGCUGAAGAAAAAACAUUAUACUAGAUUAGUAUUGCUUGAGGCAGUGACAGAAUUGGCAAAUAUUGCAAAGAGCUAUUCAGACUGAUCGUCUGUCUGUCUGCGUUUCAUUUAAAGUACCAGAUUUAGAUUUGAUUCAUGGGAUGCUUUUCUUACUGUUUUUUUUAUCUCAAACAUAUUGCUGAAUCGUACUGUUUCACCAUUGACUGGGCUUGUUGAGUAUUUCGGGAGGAAAAAAAAUGGAAAGAGGCAUGAUUCAACCCUUAAUUGCAGUUUUAAUCUCUUCUUUAAUCGCCGUCAGAGCUUACCGGAGAAAGUCCCUCAACCUAUCCGGAGCUCUUACGGGCUUUCUCGUUAUGACCAUUCACUUCGCUGUUGGAUACAGGUACGGGGCAUUGAUACUGGUUUUCUUUUUCACUUCCUCUAAGCUAACUAAAGUUGGAGAAGAGAAAAAGCGUCGCGUGGAUGCUGAUUUCAAGGAUGGCGGCCAAAGAAAUUGGGUUCAAGUUCUUUCCAAUAGCGGUAUUUCUACCAUAUUGGUACUGAUUAUCUGGAGAGUGACUCAGUGGGAGGACAAGUGCUUGGACUCAAAGAGUUCGACUCUGGUUACAUCGUUGAUUGGUGGGGUGAUUGGUCACUAUGCGUGCUGCAAUGGAGAUACUUGGUCAUCUGAGCUUGGAGUACUUAGUGAUGAUCAACCUAUAUUGAUCACUACCUUCAAGCCUGUUCGCAAGGGUACAAAUGGCGGGGUGACUAAAGCUGGACUCCUAGCUGCUGCAGCUGCGGGUGCUGUAGUUGGGGUAACGUUUGUUGCCUUUGGAUUUUUCACUGCUAAAUGCUCAUAUAAUAUAGUUAUAAAGCAGCUACUGGCGAUACCCCUUUCGGCUUUAGCUGGAUUAACUGGUAGUUUGAUUGAUUCUCUACUGGGAGCAACACUGCAAUUCAGUGGAUUCUGCACUGUUCGUAAUAAGGUUGUUGGAAAACCGGGACCAACAGUGAAGAAGAUUUCAGGUCUUAAUUUUCUUGACAACAACGCCGUAAACGCUGUGUCAAUACUGCUGACCACUAUUCUAACUUCCAUUGCAUGCGUAUACAUCUUCUGAUAACCAUGAGGUAAUAAGUUCAUAGGGUUCUGAAGAAUUUUUCACAACUGAUAUCUCUUAUCUCUUUAGUACUAAAUUGCUUACUUCCUAAGCCCAUGAAUUGCAGAGAUUAGUUUAUAGUUUCUGGAUAAAUCGGGCUCAAGUCAUAUUGAUAAUUUGAUACUAUUGUAAUAAUACAAGAAGAGGAAAGCCACCCUUGAUGGGUGUAUUUUGAAGGACGAGGGAUCAUGCAAUUCCUCUUCUCAUUUUUCUUAUUUUCUGCUUAACAUUUUUUUUAGUGCUUUAUAAUAAGACUUGAAAAUUAUAACAUAAGGCAAGAGAUUCAUCUCGUUCUUCA